AUGUAUUCUCGUAGGCAGGCCGUGAUGACCACACUCAUCAACGAACAGAAAAAACGGAUUUCCCGUGGGGAGGAAGUGAAUUGUUAUCUCGACUAUUUGUUAUUUGAGGAAAAAACAUUAUCCGAACAACAGAGGCUCAUGCUGUUAUGGGAGGCCACAUUCACAUCAUCCGAUACUGUUUUGGUCACAACCGAGUGGGCCAUGUUUGAACUUGCUAAAGAUCCAGAACGACAGGAUCGUUUGUAUCGAGAAAUUCAAAGUGUAUGUGGAAAUGAAAAAAUCAUGGAGAAAAAGUUAGGCGAAUUUCCGUUCUUGUCCGCAGUAUUUCAUGAGACUUUGAGAAAGUAUAGUCCAGCUCCUAUAGUUCCUCCGAGAUAUGUUCACGAAGAUACACAAAUAGGAGGAUAUCAUAUUCGAGCAGGAACUGAGAUUGCUAUAAAUAUCUUCGGAUGUAACAUGGACAAGAAAGUAUGGGAAAAUCCUGAAUGCUGGAACCCUGAGAGAUUUCUUGACGAGAAAUAUGAAAUGAUGGAUUUGCACAAGACGAUGGCUUUUGGAGCUGGGAAAAGGCUGUGCCCGGGCGCCUUAAUGGCAAUGGUAGUAUCUUGCUUGACAAUAGGUCGUUUAGUUCAGGACUUCGAAUGGAGGCUUAAGGAUGGAGAAGAAGAAAAUGUUGAUAUGAUCGGGUUGAUAACUCAGAAGCUUCAUCCAUUGCAAGUGUUGGGGGUGGGCUCCGGCGAGUUGAGGUUUCGUGAUUUGCGGUUGUGGGCCAGAUUUGCUGGUUGUGGGCGAUGGGUUCGGGCUUGGUGGUGCUCGACACCCAUGGCUGUUCGUCGAUCCUGGUGUUGGACGAUGGCUCAGUCGGUGGGGCUGGUUGGUGGCUUAAAGGUUGUUAGAUUUCGGCUUUCAAAGGAAGAAGUGUGGGAUCUGCUUUGGUGUUCUGGAUUAUGGAUGCCAGCCUCGUGGGACUGCGGGUUUGGGGAUUGA